AUGAGUGCGCGAGACGUCGACCUCGAGUUCGAGAAGGCGUACCAGCGUCUCUUCUCAAAGGCAGCUCCAACCGCCUCUGGUGCCGAGCCUGGUAGCAGAAGUGGACCCUCCUCAAAACAGCGAGCCGCCUCUUCCGAGACUGCGCAUACAGGCGACGAGGAUUCUAGAUCGAGAUCGACGACGCCUACGACAAGCCUCGUCGACAGACCAAGGCAGUCACGCGCCAUUGAUGCUGGGCUACAGGCAUUGUCGCGGCAGGCAUCUGCCAGUAGCUCUCGACCGCAAGCAUCUCAGCAGCGACCUGUUCCUGCGCAAGCCGCUCAGCGCGAGCGACAAUCGCAGCCAAGGGCCCUUCCGUCGCCUCUAGACGCUCUAGCUCGGCACAAGGCGGCAUCGAGCUCCAAAGGGAAGGCUCGUGCUCAGUCCCAUGUCGUCGAAGGAGAAGAUGACCACCGUCUCGAAAUGAUCGGGCGCAGCACAGCAGCAACAGCCGCAGUCUCGCCGCAUUCGGGCAGCGCACCCUACCAGGGCUCAGUUGCAUACUACCCGUAUUCUCCAGGCCAGGCAUCGUAUCAAGUCUCGGGUCCGAUCGUAUCGCCGGUGCCUGGGAUGGCGGCAGCGCCGAGUCAGUCGAUCACAUGGACGCAACCCAUGCUACCUGCCGGAGCUAUGCCUAAUAUCGCCUACCCUGGCUUCAGUGCCUCGGUCACAUUCUCACAACCUCAAUUCUUUCCGUCCCCGCCGCAACAAGUGCAAUCAGCAGCAGUGACUGCGCUGCCAUCCGAAGCUUGGCCGCAGCAAUAUACCCCACAGCACAGCGAACACACCGCUGCAGCCUCGACGUCGGCCUUGCGCCCACAACAGCUGGAGGACACGACACCGCCAUCCUCUACUCACCGCUACCGGGAGGCUCGGCGUGCAGAUGACGACCACAUCUUGAAAAAGUGGAACAAGGAGCAAGUAGCUCAGUUCGACUCAAAAGCACACCUCAAGCGCACUUUUGCUAUGCCCUCUCCCACGGCCAAGGAGAUCUUCAGGGCCAAUCAUAAGCAGCUUCAGAAGCAGAAGCAGAAGCGGGCAACAUGGAAGCCUUUGCUGGACGAGAAUGGCGAGCGCAUCCCGAGAAAGCGCGGUCGCCCUCGAACGCGCGAUCUCAGCCCGCUGAAAGCCAAGAUGGAAGGCAGGGCAAAAGCUCAAAUACCGACGCGGAUCAAGGAUGAAGCGACUGAGAUGCAGCUCCCGGGAGCAGCGACCGGACCGCUCGCUCUGGAAGGGUUGCUUCCUCUCGAUGCCGACAAGGGCCCUCCUGUGAUCUCGGAAACGCAUACCUUGUUCGUCGACUCAGCACGGCAGCUGCGAUGGCUUGCACGCUCAGCGAUCGCGCACGCCGGAUCACAGACUGCUGGCAGCCGGAACCCGACCGAUACGGACACACAGCGGUGGGCACGGUGGAUCAGCUCGAUUUCGGCGCGGAUGCACACUGUCAGCGACACAGCCGGGUCGAAUACUGCCUCCAAUGCCACCAUCGCGGCUUCUGCAUCGCAGCUACACUCGCAGUCGGACCAGAUCGAGGGUCUCUUUCCUCGGGAUAAGAAGCGCCGAUACUUGGCGCUGCGCAAGGAACUCCACUCGGCUACGCGGAUAGCUACCUCGCGGCUAUGCAUACGACGACUUCUCCGCUAUCUCGCCAAGACAGCCACAUCUGCGGAGGCGGUGGGCGAGGCAAAGCAGACGUACCUGGACCGGAAGCAUCGGGCAGCCAAGCUCACACGGCACGCGCUGAAGUUCGCGCGACCGGCGUCCUUAGACGUACGCAGACUGUGGAGUAUAUGGGCUCGAGCGGCGCACGCUCGCGCCAACAGCGGUAAGGCUCGAAACACUGUUGCUGGCCAAGCGAGAACCGUGUCUUUUGCAGCUGGGACGGAGGAGCAGCCACGCCUGCCUCUUCUGACGAACGGAGCCGAUGGUCCUGCGGAAGGUAGGGUGAGCAUCAAGCUGGAACCCGAAUCGCCAUCGAAAGAGCAACGCUCGCUGUCGACUGCCUUUGAACCUGCGCAAUCGAAGCAACUCAAGCAGGAGCCCGACUCAGAUGGGAUCAUGACACCGGCGCUGCCUGGCACGCCGCUGCUUCAGCCUACUUCUCUACCCACCAACGAUAUGACAUCAGCCGCUGUGAGACGCACUCAGCUUGAUGGCAAGUCGCCGCUGUUUCUGCGUCGCAACUUCCGCGUCUAUCGCCUUGUCGGUUUGUCAAAUUUGCCACUUGUGUAG